AUGUACGGCGCGAUGACGUCACGCCACAAAAGUGUAAACACGCAGAGUGCAUGCACGCAAUGCGCUUUGCCGCAUACAGUACUGCUCGCAAAUGGAAAACUCGCUCUUGUCGUAGCACCAGUUCGUCAUCGUCUGACAGCAAGGAGCACUCGUUCGAAAACAUGGAUGCACUGCCAGCGUUUAAACAUGAUAUGAUGUUGACGGACAUCAACGACGCUGGUUUCAAGCAUGUGAGAUAUUAUUAAUAAUAUUAUACAAUUUUUUUAUUGUAACUUUUCCUUAUCCUAUGCCUUCAGAUCUUAUCCUAUGCCUUCAGAUCGGCGACAAUACUGGAAUUGAAAACCUAAGUGUUAGAUUGUUCUCAUCUCCAGCAUUUCCGGUGGAUGGUCUGAUCUUCGGGCCAAAUAAUCGACUAAUGGUGUGCCUCAACUGUCGUCGUGCCAAAAAGCCUAAUGCGCCAAUCGUCAAAGUCUGGUUUUUGGUGGAUAGCGGAUCAAAUUGCACGUUUCUUGACAAAAAAAAACAGUUAGCAAACUUAUCGGCUCCGACGCGAUUCCUUCGAAUCUUCAUGUCGCCAUUGAGGUUUAGUUUUUCUACUUUCAAUUGUAUGAUUAUUCUUUUAAUGAUUCACGGCAUUCCUAAUGGGGGUGAGGGAAGGUGAGCGAGGCGUCAAAGUUUCUGAAUUUACAGAAAAAAUUUAGUGCGCGCUACGGAUAAAAUUACGUCACAAUUACACUGAUUAUUCAACGUUAAUAACUUGUUUGUUCGAUCGCCUUUGGCUGAAGUACUGUAGAUUUCAAAUUCGCGCGAAAAUUUUUUUGACGUCUUGCCACCCCGUUUGGGAACGCCGUGUGGUUCAAAUUACUCCUUUUAGGAUGAAAAUUCCGUGAUCGAAUGUGACCUCUCACACGGCCAUUUCAAGGAAGCGAACGUAUUGGGAAUGUUGGCUAUGCGUAAAAUGAACUUGACGAUCGACAGCAUGAAUUGGGCUGAAGAGACUUGGCGGCUUGUGAAACAAUAUAGCCUAUCCGCGCCAGCUUGUCACGUUCUUCUUUCCGCCAAAAAGACCGUAUACCAAAUUAGAUCAAAUUUCUGCUUUUAUAACGGCAAGAAACAAAGGUCUUGA